AUGCCGUCGUGUUCUAGCAGAAAUUCGCUGAAAUCCAGCUUGAAAAGUGUUGAUGUGGCUUCGCUGGAGACUACCAACCCAUAUGUGUCGUUGGUGCAAAACCAAGAGAUUGUUGAGGUGCCAGAACUGGAACUAGAGUCCGGCGUAACAAUCCACAAUUUCCCAAUCGCCUACAAAACCUGGGGCCAGAUCAACGAGCGCGGUGAUAACGUCCUGGUGGUGUGUCAUGCACUCACUGGGUCGUCAGACGUGGCAGACUGGUGGGGCCCACUUUUGGGCCCAGACCUCGCGUUCGACACGUCGAGGUUUUUGGUCGUAUGUUUGAACUCCAUGGGUUCGCCUUACGGGUCGUUCUCGCCGCUCAACGUGGAUCCAGACUCCGGCGAGGUGUACGGACCAGAGUUUCCACUGUGUACUGUUCGCGACGACGUCCGGGCCCAUAAGAUAGUCUUGGACUCUCUGGGUGUCACAUCCGUGGCCUGUGUCAUUGGAGGCUCUAUGGGUGGCAUGCUGGCGCUGGAGUGGGCCGCGACGUUUGGUCGCGAGUACGUGAAAAAUAUGGUUGCUCUGGCAACCAGCGCCAGACAUUCGGCGUGGUGCAUCUCGUGGUCCGAAGCCCAAAGACAGUCGAUUUACUCCGAUCCCAACUAUUUGGACGGCUACUAUCCCAAGGGCCACCAGCCUGUCGUCGGGCUCUCAGCGGCCCGGAUGUCAGCUCUCCUGACCUACCGCUCCAGAAACAGUUUUGAGAAAAAGUUCUCCAGACGGUCUCCGUCUCUAAUCCACCAACAAAAGUCCAAUAAAGCUCUAAACAAGACCAAACCUUCGAGUUUGCAUGAGCACAAUUUGGCAAUUCAUAACGACGGACACAGUCGCUCCAAUUCCAGCAAUCGCGAGCGCAGAAAUAGCGAGUCCAGCGAUACUUCAUCUGCAGAAUCCCUCAAAUCCGUUUCUUCGGCUACAUCUACAUCAUCUAUUAGCUCCAAGCAGGGAAAAACCAUCAAGUCCGCACAGACUUACUUCUCAGCACAGAGCUACCUGCGGUACCAAGGCAAGAAGUUCAUCCAGCGAUUCGAUGCCAAUUGUUAUAUUUCCAUUACCAGAAAGCUCGAUACUCACGACCUGGCACGCGACCGCACUGAGUAUGAAGAAGAACUGGAUGCGGUAUUGGAGUCUAUUCAACAGCCAUCUCUCAUCAUUGGCAUCAAAUCCGAUGGACUCUUCACUUACUCAGAACAGGAAUAUCUGGCUGCGCAUAUGCCCAAGUCGGAACUAAAGAAAAUUGACUCUCCUGAGGGCCACGACGCCUUCCUGCUCGAGUUCAAACUGAUAAACGAAUACAUUAUCGACUUUCUAAAGAAGAACGUUUCGGAGAUAACCAGCUCUCCGCCUUGCCUUUGGCGCGAUGACGAGAAUCGCGAGGUUAUGAAGGCCUCUCUAUUUGGUGAAGCUGAAGAAGUCACGAAUUGGUAA